GUCGCGUUCACCGGGCUGCUGGGCUCGGCGGUUGCGAGCGUGCUCGCGAGGGGCUUUCCGUGGGCCGUAGCGGUCACGGAAGCGGCCACGUGCGGUGUGCGCAACUCACGGGGCUCGCCAGCCAACCUCGUGGUCUACGGGCGGGCCGAUGGGGAAGAGGGCCGUGCCACCACGGUCGAGCGCGAGAAGCUCCGUCCGAGCCUCGUGGUGGAGCUCGGGUCGUCGGCCAAGAACGUCCAGGCAGCGGCAUACGCGCACAACCUUGCGAUUUGCUACGGCGACGUGGAGCAUCAGGUGCCGAUGGCGACGCUGGAGGGGCCGCAUCCGACGGCGUCGGACUUUACGUGGGCACGCUCACCCUCCGGGCGUUGUUGUCCGUCGGUUGCCGAGCGGGCAAGCGACGCGAGGACACGGACGACGGUGCCGUUUGGGACGUGGGAGUAUUCAGACCUCGACACGUUUUGCGAGGUGUUUGCUACGGCUUUUGUCGCCGGCCUCAGCGUGGUGGCUGCGACGGCGGACCUGUUGCUGACUGGGCGCAGGCCGCCUGUGGUGCUUGCGGGCGCCAACACGUGCAUGGUGGCCUCGCGACGGGUGUACAAGUGGUUCCGGCCCUCGACAGCCUCGUCGCGCCGGAUCAACUUGCCCAUGUGGACAGCUCACUCGCCGGCGGCCGAGGCGCGCGUGCUCACUGAGAGCGGCGGCAGCGACGCUCCGCGCGUGCUUGUCACCACGUUUCUCGCCCACGAGUCGCACUCGUACGUCCGGGUCGGCCACUUUGUCUCGCUCAUCGGCUGGCUCGAGGCCAUGCGCCGCGACUCGCUCGUCCACGGUGACAUCCUGUUCCGCAACAUCCGCUUCCCGGCUCCGAUCGAGAGGCCCGUGUGCGACGUCAUCGCCAGUGCUCUCGCGGCUCUCGACGACGGGGCGUACUUUGCCGCGGCCGUUGCGACGGCUCAGGCGGGCAAGGCCGCGGCGGACGCGCUGGCCGAGGUCCUGCGCCUGCUCGCCAACCCCUGCCUCGAAGCUGUCGCGGCGAGCAAGUCACUGCUGUACGCGGCACUGGCUGACGAUGCAGACGGCGUCGUGGUGCCCGUGUGGCAGGCGGUGGUCAUCGACUACGAUCUGGCGCGCUCGACGGACGAGGAGCCCCGGUACCCGCCAGGCUUUGUUGUGGACAAGAAGGAGUUGCCAGACGGGGCGCGGCACAAGGGCGCCAAGGGCAACCUGCCCAUGGCGCCCGUCCAUGACGUGUUUGCUGUCAAGGCUCUCCUCGAGCAGACUGUACCGAAGGACAGCGGCCUGCUGGCGGGUGCCUUGCACGGAGCCGUUGCCUUGGACGCGGUGCCCGAGACGCACUACUGCCGCGAGAUGUGGAAGGCGACACGGGGGAUCGGGCGGUUCGACGGUGACGGGUCGCAGUGGUGCACCGCUGCGCUCUCUGCGCUCGUGGGCAUCCCGCUCGACACGAGGCUUGAGGUACAGCUCGAUCCUAGCCCCAAGGCGUCGUCGUCGCCACCCACCACUCCGCCAAAGUGAGUGUCCAGCACCACCCUCAUCGGCGAGAAUGUGCGUAAGCGAGUCGAAGACUCGACGUAUCCUUGCGCACCCGACGUACCAUGAUGGACAUUUCGAGGGGAAGUACUUGCUUCCGCCACGCAGCGGCCCUCCACGCCUACAACCUACCGCGGAGCAGAGCCGCCGCAACGGCACGCCGCAGCCCGGGAAUGUCGCUCGGACCCACAACGAUUUCAGCAUCGGCGGCAACAAAAGCGGCAAACGCCAGCGCAAAGACCCCGCUGUCCGACAGGUUGGUCUGCUGCGGAAGGCCGACAGGUUUGACGACAUGCCACUGCGACAUGUCCAGCCUCCUGCCCGUCUCCUGCUCCACCUGCAGCGCCACAUACUCCUUCAGCGCCUCUGCUAGCCCGCUGUCCACCUCGCCCGCCAUCGAGUCGUAGAACGUGAUCGUUUUGGGUCCAAGCUCAAUAGCCACCGUGAACCAGUGGCUAUUGUCCAAGUUGACCGGGACGAUGAUCUUGGCCAACGACAUGAUGCCGCCGUCGACGGCAUUGCCGAGCCACUUGGACACCCUGCCAUAGUUGAGCGUCCGCCUGUCGAGGUACAGAGCAGCGGCGAGGAACGAGUUGGUGAACCAGACCUUGUGCCGCGUGAACCUGUUGAAGUGAGCCUGCAGCAGCUCCAUAUACGCGUUGACGAUCCUGUCACUGAGCCACCCGCCAGGCUCGAGGCGGACAAAGUGAGCCCUGGUGAGGGUUAUGUUGCCGACAUCGGCCACGCCCCGCGCGGUACACGCUCGCAUGACAUGGUCCACCCUCUCCUCCUCGAAGGGGGAUAGCGG